AUGAGCCUUUGGGUAGACAAAUACCAGCCCUGCUCCUUGGGACGGCUGGACUAUCACAAGGAGCAAGUGGCGCAGCUGUGCAACCUGGUGCAGUGUGGUGAUUUUCCUCAUCUCUUAGUGUAUGGACCAUCAGGUGCUGGAAAAAAGACAAGAAUUAUGUGUUUUUUACUUGAACUUUAUGGUGUUGGAGUGGAAAAAUUAAGAAUUGGACAUCAGACCAUCACAACUCCAUCUAAAAAUAAAGUUGAAACUAGCACUAUUGCAAGCAAUUAUCACCUUGAAGUUAAUCCCAGUGAUGCUGGGAAUAGUGACCAGGUAGUAAUCCAGGAGAUGUUGAAAACAGUGGCACAAUCACAACAACUUGAAACAAACUCUCAAAGAGAUUUUAAAGUGGUAUUAUUGACAGAGGUUGACAAACUCACCAAACAUGCUCAACAUGCCUUGCAUAGAACCAUGGAAAAGUAUAUGUCUACUUGCAGACUGAUCUUGUGUUGCAAUUCUACAUCUAAAAUGAUACCACCUAUUCAUAGUAGGUGCCUGGCAGUUUGUGUGCCUGCUCCCAGCAUUGAAGAUAUUUGUCCUGUGUUAUCUACUGUGUGCAAGAAGGAAGGUCUGAAUCUUCCUUCACAACUGGCUCAUCAACUUGCAGAGAGGUCGUGCAGGAAUCUCCGAAAAGCCCUAUUAAUGUGUGAAGCCUGCAGAGUGCAACAAUAUCCUUUUACUGCAGAUCAAGAAAUCCCUGAAACAGAUUGGGAGGUGUAUCUCUGGGAGACCGCCAAUGCUAUUGUCAGUCAGCAGACUCCACAAAGCCUCCUUGAAGUUCGUGGAAGACUUUAUGAGCUUCUAACUCAUUGUAUUCCUCCUGAAAUAAUAAUGAAGGGCCUUCUCUCAGAACUUUUACAUAAUUGUGAUGGACAACUGAAAGGGGAGGUGACCCAGAUGGCCACUUACUAUGAACAUCAUCUACAGCUCAGUAGCAAAGCCAUUUAUCACUUGGAAGCAUUUGUGGCCAAAUUUAUGGCACUUCAUAAGAAGUUCAUGGAGGAUGGAUUGGAAGGCAUGAUGUUUUGA